AGCCGCGCCAUGGAGCUUCCCUCCCUCUGACACCGCUCCCCGGCGGGACGGAACAGCGCGGCGGGAGCGGGGCUGCGGGGGCGCACCCCGCGGCGAGCUCGGCAGCGGCGGGAGCCACUAGCCCCGCACCGGCACCGGGACUGCCCCGGGAACGGCUCACCUUUGCCUGCCGUUAACGAGCGUGUAAUUUGGGGUUAAUGGAGCUGGGUUUAUUGUUCCUCUUUGGACUUACAGUUACGUCGACUGCAGGGUGGGCGCUGCCCCGCGCCCCGCCGCAGCCGCCCGGGGCCCCGCGCCCGGCGGCGCUGGGGCAGAGGCAGCGGGAGGAGAGCGGGGCGGCGGCGCUGCCCGGCGGCGGCAGGGCCCGGGCGGACGGCGGGGCGGCGCGGCGGCGGGCCCGGCGCUGCACUUGCUACACCUACAAGGACAAGGAGUGCGUCUACUACUGCCACCUCGACAUCAUCUGGAUCAACACCCCCGAGAGGACUGUGCCAUAUGGGCUCUCUAACUUCAGAGGCAGUUUUAGAGGCAAAAGGUCUACAGGCCAGAUGCAAAGCACUUUCCAGCCUUCCUUUCGGUGUUCUUGUUUGGAUGCUCACGACAAACAGUGUAUGCAGUUUUGCAGAAGAAUGCAAGACAGAAGAAGAAAUCAUGGAUCACUAAAAAAGACAGAGGAGAAAGACCAAUGCAAAGAAGAGGAACACGCUUUCUUUCAAUAGCGUAGAGAGUUCGGAGGAUUCUGAAGAGUCAGCUCAGAAGCAAGACUACAGCUCUCCCUUGAGAUGGACAACCGUGACGCUUCAGUCUGAUGCCACGGAGAACUCAGCUGUGUGCGACACUUCCAUUUCGGCAACACCGCGCUGAGGGCACGUGAACCUGUACGAAGCAGCUUUCUCCCACGCUGCCCUCGCCAGAGUCUCAGUACAGGAUAAUCUUUAUCAGGUAACCUGGCAGGGAAUGAAUCACCGGUGAAGAAAACUUCCAAGGCAGAUCCGAGCUUCGGCAACACAAAGUUUCAAGGAACAUUUUUCUACGUGAUUUAAAAAAGUACAACAGAAAUCUACUGUUCCACUUACUGUUUGCUGUAUGUCUGAAGAAUCCAUCCACAGCUUUAUGCAGGCAACUGUAAAAGGAGAAUGUGAUGAGUUAGAGAGGGGUUGCUUAUACAUGAGUUCUCAUUAAGAAUAAACAGAUACAAAAUAUUUCUCUCGUUAAUGUAUGCAAGCCUGAAUCAUCAUAUUGUAACUGCGUGGCAGAUAUUUAAAUGACAGUAUCUAUGCAGAAUAAAU